GUGGCGAUGGACGCAAGUGAUAAGAACUGCGGCUGGGAAUGCGGUAAGGCGAAUGCGGCGGAUGCUGAGAGACCAGACGGCUCCAAUCCAUUGUCGGACAGUGCUUGCUCCGGAUCCGAUGCUUCACCACGCCCAGCGGCGGAUUCAGGGUUUGUGGCAAUCUCCUUGUCUAGCCCGUCAUUGGAUGCUGCUGCUUCGUCGUCAAACAGCGAGAAAUUCUCUUCGGAGGAAGUCGCCACGCUUGCUCGGUGUCUAUGUGCUCCUCUCGUCUCGAUUCGCGUUGGAAGAAUUGUCAGCCAUGGCUACUUUCUUCGUCCAACAAAUUCAAGGGGUCACCUCGAUCUGACGAUGCUGCCCAGCUCCGACUUCCGUCUCUCAUUCCUGGGCGAUGAUGGGACGAUCGAAAGACUGGCUCUAGUUUCUUCGUCACCAAUCCAAGGCUCUUUUCCAGUUGAGCUGCAAGAAAUCGCUACGGACUCUUCCGGCAGAUCCUUCGUCCUCAAACUCGCCUCAAACAGAUCGGUGUUCUUCUGGCAAUCGGAAAAGUCCAAAGCUCGUGGAGAUGAGUUAGUCCUCAAGAUGAAAGAUAUCUUGCAACAAAGGCCAACCUUGUGUCAGCAGACAGGCAUCCACGAGUCGCGUCUCAAGUCGAUCGCCAGCGGCUUGCAAACUUUGCCACCGUCUUCUUCGUACUCGUUUUCUUCCGGCCCAGAAGCUCUGCUGCCAGGUUCUUUGCCACUUCCAAGUUUGAGCAAUCCAUUUGUUUGUUCGAGUGAAGGAGACGAUGCUCCAAGCGCAGUGUGCUCGCAAGCGCUUGCGGCAGCAGCAAUAGGCAUGUCCUUUGGCCUCGCCUCGUCGACUUCCACCACUGUUCCUGGCUCCAGCUCCAUCGCCGCGACGCUCUUCUCACUCAACCAGAGCCAGCGGCUGCUGAGAAGCUCGGGAGAGCUCGACAAGAAGGCUUUCGCGCAGAGAAUCCUUGGAUCACUCCCACAGACCUUCGUUCCAUUCCCGCUCCUAGUAAGUGGCUCCGUAAGUGUUCCUAGCGUUCCUCUCUCGGCAGUCGUGGCUCCUUACUACUGCCCAUGUCCGCUUGGAGCCGCCUCGGCUUUGCAGUACUCGACUUUCACUUCUCACCUUCCAUCGCUGGUUUCGUCCUCGGCAGCCGCUUCUUUCGUGUCAGUCGGGCCGCCACCUCCGCUCCUUCCUCCUCUGGGUUUCUCGCUUCCUCUGGUUUCCCCGGCCUCGGGCGUUUCUCUGGCCAGCGGACCUCUCAUGGGUGUGGUUUUGCCGUGUCCGCUGAAGCCCGAGUCGCCUAGCACCGGUGUGUUUCAAGGUGGUCUUGCCGAUAUACUUGGAGUUUAUAGCUCGAGCUUUCUUCCAACGAGUUUGGAUCUUGGCAGGAACUUUUCAUCGUCUGGAUUGACGAACUUGUAUUGUCAGCCAGCUCUCGAGAACAACAGCAGCAGCAGCAGCAGCGGUGGGAUGAUUUGGAGCAGCAAUCUCUCACACGCUCAAGCUAGCUCGAGCGAUGACCUUAGCUCUUUAGAAUCACCAUCGCCAGAUAGCUCGCAAAUUUCCAGUGAAUUAUCAGCUCAACCUUCGCUCAAGGACACCUCAGAAAAGAGAUCCCACUCAAAAUAAGCCACGUACUACCUAGUGAGAGAAGAUUAUUCCCUCGCCAAUAUGUAAUACAUUCUAAGAAGAUGCCUUUUCCGUCAA